GCAGCAACGACAGCGACUUCCGGGUGCCAUUCGGCGGCGUCAAGCAGAGUGGUAUCGGUCGCGAACUCGGCGAGGCCGGACUGGAGGCGAGGACGGAGUAUUUGUUAGGCAGUUUAAUACAUAAUGACAAUCCGGAAUGAAUUCAAACAUUUUCAAUGCAUGUCUGCCUCAUAUGUCAUGUGCAUGUGCCAGGCAAAGCAAAGACCAAAGCCAGGACACCCAAAUCUUAAAUACCACCCCUGCCACCUCACCUACUUAUGCACAUCCACGCAGCGAACGCAAAACUGCAGAUCCCAUGCACGACGACGAAUAUAAAAACUCCGACAGGCACGAGGACAGGCAGACAGGCAGGCAGGCAGACCAGUCCAAAAGACUAAGGUUUUGUGAGUAGGAAG